AUGGUCGGCAAGGACUGCGUCGCAAUCGCCUGCGAUCUCCGACUCGGAAUGCAAGCCCUGACCGUUUCCAACAACUUCCCCAAGAUCUUCAACUACGCUCCCGGAACAUAUCUCGGCCUCACCGGUCUCGCAACCGACGUUUCCACCGUCUCAGAUCUUUUCCGUUACAAAGUCAACAUGUACCGUCUCCGUGAAGAACGGCACAUUGCACCUCAGACUCUCGCCAACCUCGUCAGCUCAUCGCUGUACGAGAAACGUUUCGGAGCAUACUUUGUGAGCCCGGUUAUUGCUGGUAUCAACAACACGACAGGGAAACCUUUUAUUUGCGGCUUUGACAGCAUUGGGUGUAUCGAUUUCGCCAAGGAUUUCAUUGUGAGCGGAACUGCCAGCGAUCAGCUAUUUGGUACUUGUGAAGGAUUGUGGGAGCCAGACCUCUCUCCCGAGGAACUGUUCGAAACACUCUCCCAGGCACUCCUCAGUGCCGUCGACAGAGAUGCACUGUCGGGUUGGGGUGCUCAAGUUUAUAUCAUAGAGAAGGACAAGGUGACCCAGCGGCUGCUGAAGGGACGACAAGACUAG